AUGCCGUUCAUUGUCAGCGAAGAUAUUGCAGAUGAGGACUUUGAUUCGCUUUUCGCAAUUCAGUACAAGGCUUUUUCCAACCAACCAGCUCUAAAAGCCUGUUCCCCAGGGGGCCUCGAUAAUCCUGGUCGCUCUGAGAAUGUCGCACGAUUCAUAGACGUUCUUGGAUGGAAAGAGUCUAAUGUUGUGGCAGCCAAAGUGGUUGACGACGAAACGGGAGAAAUUUGCGCGUUCGCCACAAUGCGGGUUUGCGACGGGAAUCCGUUUGCUGGCGCGAAGGAUAGCGAUAUCCAUUGUCCACAAGUCGACGAAGGGAUGAGAUCAGCGGUGGAGUGGACUUUGAAUACGAAGAAUGAUCGUCGGAGAUGUUUUGAAGCUUUGCAAGUUCCGGGCUCUUACUGCUAUCUGCAGGCUUUAGGAACCGAUCCUGCUCGCCAGAGACAGGGUGCAGCAACGCUCUUAGUGAAGUGGGCCGCGCGAAUCAUUGAUGAAAAGGGAUCCAGGGCCAUGGUCGAAGCUAGCAAAGAUGCUACACAGUAUGGGCUGUAUUCGAAGCAAGGUUUUCGGAUAGUGGACACGUAUGACUACAUCGAUGAACAGAAGUUCCCAGGGUUUGAGGGAAUGUAUGUUGUCACCAUGGUCAGAGAUGCCCAAGACCGAUAG